AUGAAUGAAGAUGCAGUCAUUGUAAUCGCUCACAUACAAUUCGCAGUAAAUCAAAUUUUUGAAAGCAGUAAUCUUUCACUGCAGCAAAUCCUGCUAAUCAUCUAUUUUUGGUCCAAUAACUAUCUGCAACAAACUACUGUUCAUGAACUUAAUGUUUCUAAUCACACUAUAAUCGAAUGAUUCAGUCUUUUAAGAGAACUUUGUGAAGAAAGCGUUACUCAAUUUAAUGAAGAACUUGGGGGAAUUGAUUAUAUGAACAAUCCUAUAACAGUUGAAAUAGAUGAGUCUUACUUCUUCCAUAGAAAAUAUCAUAGAGGGAGAUUUACAGGAGGGCAAUGAGUAUUUGGGGCGAUUGAGCGUGGUUCAAACAAAUGCCUACUAAAACAAGUUCCAGAUAGAACUCGUGAAACACUGGAAGAAUUAAUUAACAAGUGAAUACUUCCUGGAACAAAUAUUAUCAGUGACGGCUGACCAGCUUAUGCAAGAAUCGACGAAAUUAACGGAGGAGUCUAUAGCCAUGAGAUAGUUAUCCAUCAAGAAUGUUUUGUUGAUCCAGUUGACCCAAGCAUCCACACUCAACACAUUGAAAGCCACUUGAACUCAUGUGAAAAGAAAGCUCAAAUAUCAAUUUGGAACGCAGCGAGAAUUUUUUCCAUCAUAUUUAGCAGAAUAUAUGUGGCGCCACUCUAUUUUGAAUAG